AUGUCUGUGGUCAACCCCCAUCACAACGAAGUCAAGCUCAGUCUACCUAUCCGCAAUACGCCCCAUCAUGAUGUACGGAUCGGAGACUUUGGCGCACCAUCUACGGUGAUGGAGAGGCUUGAUUGCACGGAACGAAAGCUGCCGAGACGGCUACUUGGCUACUUUUGGCCUGGGGUAUGUCACAAUGAAGAUCUCUACGCAGAAAUCGAUGUGGUAUACCGGCAGAUGACAGGUGGAAGACAUCAACAUCUUGCACCACCAUCGAAAGUGGCUAGAGUAAAUCAUCUGCGCUUCUUUGGUCAUAUAUUAAGGAGACCGACUGUUCAACGAAGUCUGAGAAGUUUGCCGGGUUCGAGCUGGAAGAAGCUACCUGGCCGAAAAUGGAAGUUCUGGACUGUUGAACGAAUAUGGAAUAGCGACGAAUGGAUUGAUUCUGUCCAAGCUCUCGCAGAAGAUCGAGAAGGUUGGGCAGACCUGUGCUCAAGGACGGCACACCUCGGCGAAGAUGCGAGUAAUCGCGUUAGGCGAUGA